AUCCUUACGGAAAUGCGAACGUAAUCGCAACAAACGUCCAUUGAAUUUUCUCGUCUUUUUCUUUUCCAAGACCUGCACUUGUAAUCACAUGAGUGGGUCCACUAGUAAAGAGUUUGAUACUACUCCAUAUGUUAGUACUGUGGGUGAAGCUGACUGAAGAGAGCAGAUGAACAAGUGAAAAACUGGCGACCAAAAUAGGACCCCACUACGGAAUCAACGUUUUUAUCCUUUUAAAUGCAAAUCCAAAUUUUGACUCGUUUCCUAUAAAUUAUCUGAUUAUACCUACUUCAAAACCAUCUUCUAUCUCCUCCCUCUCAAGCAUAGUGCAGUUGUGGGGGACAAUCCUUCACUCCGGAAGGGUAGGUUCCUUGUAUUCUGCACUGAUCAAGGAGGUUCUUUGAAUUUGGGCUGUUUUUCCUGUGAGAUUUUCUUGUGAAAUGGUACUUAUUCUUGAAUAUUGUUGCUCCUUUGUUUGUUAAAUCCUUAGGAAGUUAGGAUGUUGUAAAAACUCAAUCUUUGUUGUAAAAACUUGAUUGCUCCUACAAAACUGAAGUUUUGGGGAAAGUCAACCAUUCUUUAGAUAGCCGUUGACCUUAAAUAUUGUCACAAUCUUGUUUAGAGAAACUGGACUGCCCUUGAAUUGUUGAUUUUGGGUUGUCAAAUUUUCAUCAAGAUGAGUGAAACUAAGACAGAAACACCACUAAAUCCACCUUCUAUUUCAAGAAAGCUUCCUGAUUUUAAACAAUCUGUGAAGCUGAAGUAUGUUAAACUUGGAUACCAUUACCUCAUUACACAUGGAAUGUAUCUGUUUUUGUCGCCUCUAGUUGUUCUCACUGCUGCUCAACUCUCUACAUUCUCACUCAAUGACCUUUAUGUUCUUUGGGAUCAACUUAGGUUUAAUCUCAUAUCUGUUGUCAUUUGCUCCACCCUUUUGGUCUUCUUGUCUACUCUCUAUUUCUUUACCCGUCCUCGCCCUGUCUACCUUGUCGAUUUCUCGUGCUAUAAACCGAUAGAUGCAAGGAAAUGCACAAGGGAGAAUUUCUUGGAUAUGUCUAAGUCCGUUGGAACGUUUUCUAACGAAAACCUUGAGUUUCAAAGGAAAAUUGUUGAGAGGUCUGGUCUUGGUGAUUUAACUUACCUCCCCGAAGCAGUGACUCAGGUACCGCCAAAUCCUUGUAUGGCAGAAGCAAGAAAAGAAGCCGAGGCUGUUAUGUUUGGAGCCAUCGACGAGCUUCUUGCUAAAACCUCUGUUAAACCUAAGGAUAUUGGAAUUUUAGUAGUGAAUUGCAGCUUGUUUAACCCGACCCCCUCUUUGUCUGCGAUGAUUAUCAACCAUUACAAGUUUCGGGGAAACAUUAUCAGCUACAAUCUUGGUGGAAUGGGUUGUAGUGCUGGUUUGAUCUCGAUUGAUCUUGCGAAAGAUCUUCUUCAAGUUCACCCCAACACUUAUGCCUUGGUUCUUAGCAUGGAAAACAUCACUUUGAAUUGGUAUUUUGGUAAUGAGAAGUCCAUGCUCCUACCGAAUUGCUUAUUCCGGAUGGGAGGUGCUGCGGUGUUGCUCUCGAACAAAAGAUCCGAUCGAAGAUCAAAGUACCAGCUGGUCCAUACUGUCAGAACUCACAAGGGUUCUGAUGAUAAGUGCUUUACUUGUGUUUACCAAAUGGAAGAUUCUGAUGGAAAAGUCGGAGUCUCUCUGUCGAAGGAGCUGAUGGCAGUAGCCGGUGAUGCUUUGAAAACCAACAUCACUACGUUGGGUCCUCUUGUGCUUCCUAUGUCCGAGCAGUUUCUUUUCUUCGCAACAUUGGUGGGAAGGAAGAUACUGAAGAUGAAGAUUAGGCCUUAUAUCCCCGAUUUUAAGUUGGCGUUUGAGCAUUUCUGCAUUCAUGCCGGUGGGAGAGCUGUAUUGGAUGAAAUAGAGAAAAACCUGCAGCUUUCUGAUUGGAAUAUGGAGCCCUCGAGAAUGACACUGUAUCGAUUUGGGAACACUUCAAGCAGUUCCCUUUGGUAUGAAUUGGCCUACUCGGAAGCCAAGGGAAGGAUCAAGAGAGGAGACCGAACUUGGCAGAUAGCAUUUGGUUCGGGAUUCAAGUGUAACAGUGCUGUUUGGCAGGCUUUGAGAACGAUAAAUCCAGCCGAGGAGAAGAAUCCUUGGAUGGAUGAGAUUCAUCAGUUCCCCGUCGAUGUUCCAAAGGUUGCAAGAAUCUAACAACUUAAUGGAGCAUUCUAUUUAAUUAGCUAAGCGCUUCCUAAAUGUGUAAAGUUGGAAUCUUUCUCAGAAUACUAUGGUUAUAGGAGGUAUGUGUAGAGUAGUCAUUUCCCUUGCCUCUAAAGUCAUUAGUUGAUCUGAUUUGAUUGAGUUUCUAAAGGUUUUAUGAAUACUACCUCUGAAGUCAUUAGUAUCAAAGGUAAUCUUUUGGAGUUCAGUGGUGUGUUUAAUAUCUCUUAAUUGAUAUUCAUGUAAAAUUAUUGUUUAUAAUUAUUAUUCUAGAUUGAAGAACUGGGAAAAUAUUAUUGGGAUACAUUUUGUAAUGUCAAUUGUUUUGUUGAAUGA